GGCGUUAAAGUUUGUUUAUAGUUACCUGCGAGCAGUGCUGAACUGCUGAGCGGUGCUGAAUGCUGUCGAAGUCGAGGCAAAUUUUCUCGGCGGUGCUGAAAUCCAAGAGAAUAUUUUCGCAGACAUGGAUAAACUGUCGAAGCCGCAGAUCAUCAGUCACAUCGAGAAAUCGGUAGAUUAUUCUCUGUUUGAUGCCAAGUGGAUACCAUGCAGCGCAAAGUUUGUGGUUAUGGGCUCUCGGCCUCGUGGUACCGGCAUUAUACAGAUUUACGAGGUGUCCAGCGGUGAAUUGAAGCUCGUCAAGGAUAUAGAGAGGUCCAACCAGAUGAAAUGCGGAACAUUCAAAGCUUCCAGUCUUCGCGAUAGAUACUUAGCUACUGGUGAUUUCAAGGGCAAACUGAAUAUCUACAAUUUGGAGGAUCCUUCGAUACCGGUGUAUUCAGCUAACGCUCACACGCAGAUUAUAAAUGCCAUUGACGGGAUAGCAGGUGCUAGCGUAGGGUGCGGAGCACCAGAAUUGGUCACUGGAUCCAGAGAUGGGAGUGUAAAAGUGUGGGAUCCUAGGCAAAAAGACCGACCGGUUGCAAUUAUGGAACCUAAGGAAGGAGAGAGUCGGCGGGACUGUUGGUCAGUUGGAUUCGGCAAUUCCUACAAUUCCGAGGAAAGGGUGGUGGCAGCGGGCUACGAUAACGGAGACGUUAAAAUGUUCGACUUACGGGCUAUGUCUCUGAGAUGGGAAAGUAAUUUGAAAAAUGGAGUUUGCGGUCUCGAAUUCGACAGGAAGGACAUUCCCAUGAAUAAACUAGUCGCUACUACGCUAGAAUCUAAAUUUUAUCUCUUUGACUUGAAGACUCAACAUCCUAAGAAAGGUUUUCCUUAUCUUGUCGAAAAGGCGCACAAAUCAACGGUGUGGCUGGUUAAGCAUUUGCCGCAAAACCGUGAAUUAUUCGCAACGUGCGGCGGUGGAGGAACAAUCUGUCUUUGGAAAUACAAUUAUCCAGAGAAAAGGAGAACUACGGACGCCGACGGGAUCGAGCAAGGAGUUGUGGGCAGCGUCAGUUUGCUGCAGAACUGCACGCUCUCGUCGCAACCUAUUAGUUCCUUGGAUUGGAGCCCGGACAAGCAAGGGCUUGCUGUCUGCACAUCGUUUGAUCAAUGCUUACGCGUUAUCAUCACUACGAAACUGAACACGUAUUGAUUAAACAACGAACAGUUCGAAACUUGUAAAUAAGCCUGUACUACGGCAGAGGCAGUGUUCAUAGUUUUACUUUGUACGCUUAAGAUAGUUCUUAAUAAACAAGUUAUGUUUUCUAUGCAA